AGUGUGUGGGUGAAGGUGGAAGUGGGGGAGGUGGAGGGGGGGCAGUCGGGCUCCGAGAACAAUGCAGAGCCUGUUGUCAAGGUAAAGAAGCGCUCAAAAAAGAAUAAAAAGCCACUAUUAUCAUGUGAAGAGUGCGACUACACGACACAACAUAAAAACUGUUUGAAAUUUCACAUAAUAAGUCACAGAGACGAAAACCCGUUGAGUUGCGAUCACUGCGGAUACACCACGAAAUACCCUACAGCACUUAACCGACAUCGCAAAAUGAGGCAUCAACUAUCUGUCGACGAGAAACGUGCCAUAGCCAAAUACAAGUGUGAUUUCGAAGAUUGUGAAUAUGUUACAUUUUACCGAUGGAAUUUAAAUGCUCAUAAACGUAAACACAAGCUAGAGAAACAGCACAAAUGCCCGAAAUGUGACUAUCAGACAGCCUACAGACAUAACUUCAUAAAGCAUGGGAAAAUACACAACGAAGGGGUUUACUUCAAGUGUGAUAAGUGUCCCUUUGUUACAAAGUUCGAGGGACACAUAACAAGGCACUUAGCAAAAAUACAUAAUGAAGUAUCAGAAGGUGCUAAUAAAUGUGAUUUGUGCGAUUUUUCAACUAAGAUAAAGUGGCGGUUGAACACGCACAAGCAACGAAGCUUGCAGAAGGACAUAAUAAAGUGUGAUUACUGUGAAUUCGAAACUAUGUACAUGUGUGAAUCGAAGAAACACAGACAGAGGCAUUUUGGUGAGAUCUAUAAAAACAAGUCACUACAAAUCGAACAAGAAACGGCCAAGCCUCCACCUCAAACAGAAAUCGACCAUGAAAUGCCAUACCAAGAAGAUCACGAAACCUCAAAGGACCAGUAUUUAAUAGAUCCCAACUGCCUCGACUGGAACAGUAUUCAAGUUCUAGAGUCAGAUGAUAAAGAGCGGCCAUUCAUGUGCUUAAUGUGUAACUAUACGUCCAAAUUCAAAGCAGCCGUUCAACGUCACUUUCAACGCCAUCACACGGGCAGUCAGAACCGUCCAUACAAGUGUUGUAACUGCGAUUUUUCCACCAAAACUAAGGACCAAAUCGCUCUACACAACAAAAGAAGUAAAUCGGAUAAAGUAUUAACCUGUACCGCAUGUGAUUUUGUUACAUUCUUCAAGUGCCAACACGCCAUGCACCAGAAAUGCCACUACACGUUCAAAUGCUCAAUGUGUACAUACUCUUGCAAGCAAAAGUACGACUUACAGAAGCAUUAUUCAGUAAUGCACAUGGGUAAAGGCUUGAAAUGCAGUUACUGUGAUUAUAAAGCUGCGAGGAAAGAAAGUUUAUUGUGUCACGAAGCGAUACACACAGGAAAUAAACCUUUUAAGUGUGCGUAUUGCAAAUAUAUGUCGGUGAGACGCUCGCUACUCGAUAUUCAUGUGAAACGGUACCACAGUGAAAUUAAAACUGAUGUGACUAUCGUUAGUGAUGAUAAAAUUGAAUCAUUGAAAGUUCCCUUGCCGAUGUUACUGGACACAAUUAAAAUGAGUGAGAAUUUGCAGUGACGAGUGGGGUGUAGGUAGCAUUGUAAAGAUAAAAUAGAAAUUUAUAAGCAAUACGUUGAAUAUAAGUUUAUGUUGCUACAUGAAAAAGAUUGCUCUCUAAUUCAGAAAAAUACUAAAAGUCGCAUUAUCGCUCAUUACAGUUUAUUUGAUGUUUUUCACAUGUUUGGUUUUAUAUUUUAUAUUCACUUUGGUAUAACAACAAUUAUUUUUGAUACGAAAUCGCGAAAAUAACAAAAUAAUUGUAAUAAAGAGAUAUGAAAAUAUACCACAUAUCCCUCUAAAUUUACUCUUUUAUGCAAUAAAGUCAAACUCAUCCAUAUUUUUAUGAAGUCAUAAGUCACCUAUAUUUAGUUUUAUAUUUGAUUUAAUUUUUAUUGUGAUUUAUAAUUAACAUAAAGCCAUGCUGUUAUAUUAUUUUGUUGCUGUUUGAUCAUACAGUGUAAAAACUAAAAUAUACAAAGCCGAAAGUAGGUAUAUAAUUAAUUUUAAGUUUAAAGCUGUGAGUGAUUCAUUGUACAUAAGUGCUGAUUUACACAGGGUCAGUAGACUUCGGCGCCGCGACUGACUUUAACUGUUUACAUUGACUUUAAGCCUGUGUACUCACUUCAAAUCUGUUUACACAGGGUUUUUUUUCGGGUCAGCAUUGAUUUGCCUCGAAUUUGUAGUCAGUUACUGACCCUGUGUAAAUCAGCACUAAUAGACAAUAAAUAUAUUAUGUAAAAAAUCUUUAAUUUGGCGCUAUAAAUAGCCCAAAUUAAAGGUAUACCUCCUAUAUAAUCUUUGUGUUAUUUUAUGUUAACAACUUUAAAAAUAAAAGGUAAAAACAACAUAAUUUUAAUAUUCUCAUAUUGAGUAUUGUUUUAUUUCUCAUUAUUUCGUAUGUUAUCUACCAAUCUGCAAUUAAUCAUCACAUUUAUUUUUUGUUUAAAAAUUAUUAAUUGUUGCCAUUUUAUAUUUUUAACUCAUUACAAUGUGUAAUUUG